CGGACUCAGAGGCUCAGCACUGCCUUCAUACAUAACCAUUAAAACUCUCUCGGACGCCUAAUUAGACAGCAGACCACGCACAGCGCCGCGCAGCACCUGUCCCCACCUUCAGAGAAGAAGAUGCAGGAGGUGGGCAGUUCCCAGCGAGGCUCCCAGCGGGCCUUCAGUGUCCUGGAUCGUCUGCUGCUCACACAUCCUGUGUGGCUGCAGCUGUCUCUCAACCAGGACUCUGCCCUCUAUAUGCUGCUCAGAGAACCUGUUGGGACCUUUUUGGUGCGUAAAUGCAGCUCCAGCCAGAGGAAGGUGCUUUGUUUGAGAGUGACAUCGGACAAAAGUGCCUCCUCUGUUAAGGAGUGCUUCAUCUGCGAGGAGGACUCCACAUUCGCCUUGGAGAGCUCAGCACUCAGCUUCCCUGACCUGUGUCGACUGGUGGCCUUCUACUGUAUCAGCAGAGAUGUGUUGCCCUUCCCGCUGCAGCUACCAGAGGCCAUCGCUAAAGCCACAACACACAGGCAGCUGGAGGCCAUCUCACACAUGGGACAAGAUUUCUGGAACGCGCCGAGUGCUUCAGAGAUCCAGAAUGGACCAGUGGACCCUGUUGCGUCAACCAGCGGCAGCCAUGGUCAGAUGCCAGUGGUCCAGGACCGAUAUAGAAAAGGCAAACUCUGCUUCAUCAACCCGCUCUUCCUUCAGCUGGAGGUUAGCAAGCAGCCACAGCUCAUGAACCCAAGUGCCUCCAAUAAACGGCACCGCUUCAAGCGCAGCAUGCGGCUCCGGAUCUCCGAGUCCUCCAUGAAUCUGUCUCUCGAGGGGGUCGGUUCCUACUCACCUUCCUCGUCAGGGGAGCAGCUCAGCGGGUCAGAGAGGCUGCAGAAGGCCAGCACCAACCCUCAGAGAAGAGUUCACCCCGGGGCAGGGGUCCUAAGAAGAACCCCCGCUGUGUCACCUGGGUCUGCAGAGGAAGAGGAUAUGAUGCCUGUCUAUGUGCCACAAACCUCUGGAAAGGUGGAGGAGCCUCCGCAGCCCCAGCCGUCUGCCCGAGCUGAGGAGCCAGGCAUUGAGGUGGCUGUUCUGGCCCUGGAGCGCCGCCCAGCUCCGUCCCUGGCCGAGCUCGACAGCAGCAGCUCCUUCAGCAGCAUGGACGAGGACAAUGACUCGGAUUCAGAUCCAGAAAGCAUGGCCCGAGCCCAAACCUACACCUACCAGCGCCCGCCGCUCGUGCGCUCCCGAGGCCGUGGUGGGAUGCACCGUAUGAGCGAGGCAUUUGUGUGUUUCUUUGCUCCGGACAAGAGGCUGACGCGACUGGUGGAGGAACUGUCCAGAGACAGGCGCUCCACCUUUGGGGGCAUGGUUCAGGACUUCCUCCUGGCACAGAGAGAGGUGCUCAAAUCCCUGGCUUCCUCUUCUUCAUCGUCGUCACGUGUGACUUCUGUGCAGCUCCUGCAGGGUCUGCGACUCUUUCUGUCCCAGGCAAAGUGUUGCCUGCUGGACAGCGGCGAGCUGGAGCCUCCCAUUGAAACACUGGUACCAGAGAACGAGAAAGACCUGGCUCUGGAGCGGGCCAUGUUCUCCUGUGUGCUCAGACCCCUGAAGUCCCACCUUGAAAAAGCUCUGGUUGAGCUGCACAAUCAGGACGGCACCAGCCAGCGUCUCACCCAAAACGUGCUCCGUCUGAAGGGGGACGCCGCCAUGGAGCGGCUCGGCGUGCGGACGGGUGUCCCGGACAGCCGCGGGGUGGAGAGGGUGAAGCAAAAGCUGAUCCUCAUGCAGAGGACACACUCGCCCAUCGACAAGGUGCUGCUGCUGCUGCAAGUCUGCAAGUGCAUCCACAAGGCCAUGGGGUGCUUACACGGACAGGAAGUGAGUUGGGAUGACUUCCUGCCGUCGUUGUCUUACGUGAUUGUGGAGUGUAACAGGCCUCAUAUCCUGAUAGAGGUGGAGUACAUGAUGGAGCUGCUGGAGCCCUCUUGGCUGGGAGGAGAGGGAGGGUACUACCUGACCAGUGUGUAUGCCAGCCUGUAUCUGAUCCAGAGCCUGGACAGGGAGCAGCCAUUCUCAGGCUGCCUGACUCCAGAGGCCCAGGAGGCGCUGAAGGAGUGGAGCUGCAGACGGAGCCGAGAGACCCAGAGACAAAAGGAGAACCAGCACAGCCAGAGGUGCGUUCGGAUACUGUUCCAGGACGGGGAGCGGAGCGCCGUGCGGACGUUGCAGUGGAGAGCCGGGGAGACCAGCCAGGCACUGGCGCAGCUGUGCGCCACCACCUUCGGCGUGUCCGACCCGCAGCAAUACACCCUGUACUGGCGCAGUGGCGGCGAGAUGAGGGCCCUGCCGCCUCAGGCCCAGCCCCAGGACCUGGCUAGCCACAGUGAGGGAGGUCCCUCGCUCUCCUACCUGAGGACCGACCACGACUUCAGCAAGAUGCGGCGGCUCACUAGAGGUGGCGCCGUGGACCUGAGCGAGUCGGUGUGUGAGGAGUGAGUGGGAGGAAUGGAGGAAGGAGGGAGGAGGAGGAGGAGGAGGAGGAGAUGGAUGGUGGCUCUCGCUUUCUCUCUCUUUCUCUCUCUGGUUCUGUCUCUUUCUCUCCGGCGGUGUGUUGUGUCUCGUCGUGGGUCAGGACUUGUUGUGAAAAACUACAGCCCUUCUCCAGACUAGGGGCAGACCUUAAACGGUAAACUCUUCCCUAAAUGGACCAACAUGCAGAGCAGAGCAGGACCAACAUAGGGACUGUUGCCAAAAGUUGUACUAUGUACCACUCAGUGUGGCUGCUGGUGUAAAGGAGUGUACUAUUUGUGACAUGGAUAAUGUGUAAUAAAUGGAUUUGGUUGUUAUUUGAAACAUGAACCCAGAGUUACACCUUGAAGAGAUUACAUCAUUAAAACGUGAGGAGGCUCAAAUCCAAAGACAAAUUCGGUGAGACUACUGUUGCCUGGAAACAAAAUCACUUCCAGUAGGCACAGGAGAAAUUGUCCACCGUGGUGAUGUAACCCUUUCACUGUAUAUUUCUGGGCAAAAAAGACACUUGGAUGUUUUAUUACUUCACAUUUAUGUGUAAAAGUCGGCUGAUCCUCGGAUGGACCCAUGUUGUUACAAGGUCUGGGGACUCAAACCUUUCUGUGCCCCCCCGGAAAUACAGUUUGUCCAAAAGGUGAGAUGUGUUAUAGCCAAGACCAAACCUCAAUACCAAAGUGACAAAAAAAAAACAGAUACAGAAAGGCCAUAAU